AUGCAUUCACUCCAUCUCCCCAAAGAAAAGAAAACAUUGACCUCUGGAUUGAAAUUGAGAUUGAGAUUGAGAUUGAGAUUGAGAUUGAACAAGUAUUUUGAGUCCAACGUGUACACGUCAGGGGGGCGAUUUGAUCCUCACAGGCAUAUCUUGAAAACGCAAAUGUCAAGAUCUAUCAAAGCAUUUCUUGCAAAGAUUGUGAAUUCGUUUCGGUUGAACGAUAAUUAUAGAAGUUGUAAUGUCAAGUUUAUGACCUCCAGUAACGAAGGUUGUAUACUUUCUAGGAACUUCUUAGACAGCUAUUAUAGUAACCAAUUUAAGAGCCUGCGUAUUAUCGUUACUCGCCACUCAGUGGAUAAAAUGAAAAUGUUCACAAUCAUGACGAGUAGUAAACCAGUCCCAGUUGCAAAUGCAACUAACCAAUUGGUCCCGGAUCACUCCAAGUCCGAGACUAAUGAUGAUCACCACCACCACCAACACCAUCACCCCAAUCACCACCACGAACACCACGAACACCACCACGAACACCAACACCCCAAUCACCACCACCAACACCCCAAUCACCACCACCACCACCACCAAGACCAAAACCACCAUGUGAACAACGAGAUACAAAAUGAGAAAGUUUCCAAGCAACACAUCACUUUGAAUUUGGAAACUGAAAACAAUGAAGUUCAUGUUGAUGAUUCUGUCCCAAUGGAAACAAAAGAGGACAGAUCUAGCCAACUAGUCGACAAGUCCGUGUCUGAGUAUGCAAACCUGGCUGAAAUUGGACGCCAGAAGGAAGACAAUAGUCAGGUCGACCCUUUGGUUAGAGAAUUAGAUGAGCUAUUUGCUUAUUUUGAAGCAGAAGCCGGGUGGAGCGGCCGUGUACCUGACGAAGCCGAUCUCAACGCAGUUGAAGUAGAUGAAGAUGACAGUCCAAUUGCACCAUUGAGAAUUAGGAGACGCGAGCCAGUUGCACCAGUUGCACCUGUUGAAGAUGACACUCCUAUCACGCCAUUGAGAAUCAAGAAGCACAAGCCAGUUGCACCAGUUGAAGCGAUUGAAAAGGCCGGUCCGAUUGCGCCAUCGGAGUUAACUGACAGUGAAGCAUUUGAAGCUAUUUCUGAAGCGCCAUUGAGUGUGGCGAGGAGUCCAGUGCAUAAGAUUGUUGAGUUGGCUGUGCCGGAAGUAACCGAUUCUGUCGAUAUGACCGAGAAAAAGUCUCCUCCUGAAUUGGAAAAAAGUGAGGGUGAACAGCACUUGAAGUCAGUCGACAACAACAACAACAACAACAACAACAGCAAUGAGAAUGAAAAUGUUGCUGAUUGUAAAGAGACGUGCUUGGCUCCUCCUGAAACUGUCCCUGUUGCAAGUGACUUGAAACCAAAAGCCAAAUGGAAGGCAAGGUUGAGUCAGAAAUGGUCCAAGAUUGGAUCUGCUAUGAAGUCCAAAGUCGAGGACAAGCAGACUGCGAACUGUGAGACCAGAGGGACAGACAAUUCGGAGAAGCCUCCCUUCAAGGACAAGUUGAGGUCAUUGUUUGGGAAAAAGCGCAUGAGAUUUGAAACCACGGGUGAAGUAGUGGUUUUGUUUGAUGCCGACGACUACAAAGAUGAAGAUCAAGAGUUGUUUGUAGUCGAUGAUGAGGCUGAAGAGUGUUGUACUGCAACCAACACCACCCGCGUUGAUGACCCAGGAGCGAAUUCGAACUCGGGAGCUAUUGAAUUGCCAAUCGAAAAUCGUGAUAGCAAUGAAGUUACUGGUACUGUUGUCGAAGGCAAUAAUGAGAAUGCUCAGCACGAGGUUGAAGCUUCGCCACUGGUGUCAACUUGUCUGAAAGCUGAACUUGAAUUGAAGGCAGUUAAGGAGGAGUUGGCUUUGACGAAAGAGAUCCUAGAGUUGACUAGGCAGGAAUUGAGAUUGACGAGAGAAGAUUUAGAAUUGACAAGGAUUAAAGCUGAAGCUGUUGGUUCUGAAACAAAACCUGCCUGUCUUGAGAGACAAGCUGCUGCUCCUGGAAGCGAAGCUGCUGCUCCUGAAAGUGAGAUUCCUGAAUUGAUAACUGUUCCCCCUCCACCAAGACCUGCUACCCAAGACAUUCCAAUGAAGGGUAAGAAUGCCAGACUCAAGAGGAUUUGGAGCAAGGUAAAGAAGCCUUUCAAGAAGCGUGCUCGUGUUGCUGACGCCACUGUGAAUGCCCAGGAUUGUGAUGACGAUUUGUUGUCUCCUUAUGCUGGCCAUGAGUUGAAUCAUCCUCAUUCUGAACACGCUAUGAUCUCCCCUGCAAUUGACACUGCAGAAGCUGGUUGUGAAAAUGAAGGUGCAACCGCAGAUGUGUCCGAUGUUUGCAAGAAAGGCAAACGCAAGGGUAGAAAGAAGAGAAAGCGUACUGACAAACCAGGCGAGGAAGAGAUGCCAGCUGAAAGUGGGUCGGCAAGUGAAUUCGAAGAAAUCGACCUUCUGGAGCCGCAGACUGGAAACAGCCAGCUCGGAAACAAUGGCACCGGGGUUCAGGAUACUGGACAAGAAUGGAGGACAAAGCACAUUGAUACUCCUUGUGAAGUUGACGAGUCCAGCAGUGUGGCGUGGUUGUUUGAACGUACUGCACCAGCACCCGAGAGAUAUGAACGGCGUGUCUGGAUGAUGGACUCGGAGAGAGGAUGUAUCAGUGUUGAUGACGAUGAAGUUGAACAAGCAGAAUUCAUCGGCCCAACUUGA